AUACGCGCGAUUUUUGAAGUUGCGUGGCGGUGUGUGUUUUCGCCCUGCGGAUCAUGCGUGUUGCGGUGCUCUAGUUUGAACAAUUCAGGCAACAAUACAUUGAUCUCGUCUUGUAAUUUUUAUUUUUUCUUUUUGGUGCGCAAUAACAUUUAAAUCGCAAAACGCUAAAGAACAAAAUUAAACUCUGCUGUAGUCAUGGCGGACUGGAAGACGCAGAUCAGCUACAACUACAACCCGUCGUACCACGCCUACGCGUACGGCCUCGUGUACCAGCCCGGCUCCGAGCAGAGCCACGGGAACCACCUGGCCGGAGUCAUGGACCUGAGCAGCUACAACGCCGGGAUGACGCAGGCCUACUACGCGACCGCCAGGGCCGCGCGGGACGAGUCGCCGCCAGGCAGCCCGGAGCAGCCCGCCGCGGGCGGUCACCAUCACUACCCGGGCUCCGGGGUCGUGUACCUGGGCGACAGCCAGUCCGGCCGCCUGCUCCUGGGCAGGCCGCACCGGGUCGCCUACGACGCCCGGGAGAACGAGGUCAGGCGUGUCGGCAGCGACUCGACCAGCGACUCGGAGGCUCACACCUCACCAGACUCAUGGAGUUCAAGCAGUACCAGCAGCAGAGAAGGUCUGCCCCAGGCAGACCCCACUUCCUGGGCAAAGCAAGAUCUUGACGAGGCGAGCAACAGGAGCCCCGUCGUCGACGUCUCCAGCUCUCUCACAGAGGAGCCGCACGCCUUCGCUGUCGCGGGGAACGAAGAGGGCGCCAACGACACCACUUCUCUACACAAACCAAUAACUGCCCCCAACGAGCAAAGCACUGCGAGUAAUCCCAAAAGAAAGGCGCGGACGGCCUUCUCGGAGGUUCAGAUGAACGCUCUUGUCCAGCGAUUCAGUGUUCAGAGAUACCUCACACCGGCCGAAAUGAAGAACCUGGCCGAGCUGACGGGGCUGACCUACAAACAGGUGAAGACUUGGUUUCAGAACCGAAGGAUGAAGCUGAGGAGGCAUCAGAAAGACUCCAGCUGGGUGUCCGAACGCUACAGCGUCAACAAGGACAGUCCGGGUCAUGGAAGCAUGUACACCAACAUCCCCUCACACGUCCCACCUUAUGGCGGAGAGGCCCAGUCCCAGCUCAAGGAGCAUUACAACCAGCACAUGAUGGAGACAGACUUUAAGAAGGCCACGCCACAGAACCUGGCCUUCUACCUGGCCGCUAUGGGCAGCGCUGCCGGGUCUGCUGGCUACCCGUCCUGGUCCCCAGGCCCAUCCCAGACUGCGGUGCCCGCCAGGCCCCAGGCGGUUGGCUGGUCCAUGCCCCCCGGCGUCGGCCACUACGACUACAACACCAACACGUUCAACUCGCCCGGGCACGACACGAGCUUUGAAAGCAAAGAGGACGAGCACGUCAGCUGAGGCCCUUUUUUAAAAACGCUGUCGCAGAACAACACCAGCCUUUAGUCAAUGUUUGAGCUGUUCUCCAAAUGUCUCCUAGUCAUGUUUACAUUGUCUUCCAAGUUUUUCCCCGACUGCAUUUUUACGAUUAACUGAGGCAGUUUUGACAGGCCGGGUGUACAUAUGCCUUGUUCAUACUCCUGUUCAAAUGUAUUUUACCCUUUUUAUCUUUGAAGUUUUAUUUUUAUAUGCAACUAUUUAAUGUAUGUUGGUGUGUUCUCUGCGCUUGCCAAUACUAGAUGCCUUGGAUGCAUUCUUUGUAUUACAUUGGGUUUUUCUUUUUGGAACCGUUUUAAGGGAAGUUACUGACACAGGUCAGAUGUGCACACAAUGAGGGGGUGUUUUUUUCUCUAUAAAUACAGGUUUGAUUCAGCAACUUGAAA